AUGCCGGCGCUUUUCGUGCUUGGCGCGGUCAGCGUCAGCCGGAGCUUUCCUGGGCCGGCGAGGCCCAACGCCGCGCGGCUGCGUGGCCCCAGACGAGGAGCAGCAGCUUCCGAAGAUUUUUCGCAGUUUCUAGACAGCUUUGCGGAGAGCAGUGAAGAGGUGCCUUGCCUGGGCCGUCGAGUUCGGCUCGUGGCAGCCAACGGACGGCGAGUCGGGCUUCACUGGGCUGAAAACAUAGAGCCCCCUGAGGCCUACGAGAUGACAGAGCAGUGGGAGGCUUCUUUCGAUCGGUUGGUUCAUGUGUGGCCUCACUUCUGGAUGGGCAAAAAUCGCCUCGUCCGGUCGAUGAUGAACGCCAUUUUUGGAUUUUACGACCGCCGGGUUUAUGCGCGCAACACGAGCGCUGCUCGGCUGGCCGGCGCGGAACGCGAGGAGGGGCGCAGGUUCAUCGCAGCCCACCACUUGCUGAGCUCUUCCGCUCGCCUGCCGGGCGGUCGCCGGUCGUCGCUCCACGGCCUACGGGCCGAUAACGAGUUUCAGCUCCUGGCCGUGGCUCUCUUCGGCCGCAUCCGACGCCACCGCUGCGAGGUGCUUCGUUUCUGCACCGGAGCAGGCUUCCAAGUCCUCGGUGGACUUUCCAAAUUGACGACCGCCUUCUUGCGUGCACACGAGGAGGUGGAUACCUUGGUCACCGACGUUCCCCGUGACAUGUCCGUCGCAAGUGGCUACUUGAGUUGUGGCUGGCGCCUCCAGGAGAAGCUGCCACCGGAGAACUUCCCCCCGCUUUGGGCGCGCGGCAGCGAAGCAUACCCGGAGCGAGAAGCCGUGCUCCGGCUUCUUGGCCCUCAAGCUGAUGACCUUCUGCGGCAGGCCGGACGCGACCCUGGUGCACGAAGCUUCACCCAUCCACUGGCUUGGGGCAACCGUCGUUCUUGCGACCUUGCACGUCGAGCUGCGCUGCGCACUUCUGCUGUCAGCCGGAUAGUUGCCAUGACAUGUUCAAUUUGA